AUGCGCUACCCUCUCCUUUCCACCCUCGCCAUACUAUCCCCGAUCUUAACCUCCGCCCAAGAUGUCUCCUACGAUUACAUCGUCGUCGGCAGCGGUCCCGGCGGCGGCCCCCUGGCAGCCGACCUCGCACGAGCGGGUUACUCAACCCUCCUAAUCGAAGCCGGCAGCGACGAAGGCGACAACCCAACCUACGCCGACAUCGCCAACUUCAACGAAGCCGCCAACGACGAAACCACGCGCUGGGAUUUCUGGGUCAAACACUCCGAUGACCCGGACCGCGACCUGCAGUUUGCGCAUACGACGUGGGAUACGGGCGAGGGCACGUUUUAUGUUGGGCUUGACCCGCCCGAGGGGGCGAAACUGUUGGGGAUUCAGUACCCGCGCGCGGCGGUGCUUGGGGGGUGCGCGAUGCAUAAUGCGGGGGUGUGUGCGUUGCCGGCGGAGGGGGAUUGGGAUGUGAUUGUCGAGAGGACGGGGGAUGAGAGCUGGUCGGCGGGGAAUAUGAGGAGGUAUUUCAAGCAGAUUGAGAAGAAUCAGUAUGCGCCGGCGGGGGAGGAGGCGCAUGGUUAUGAUGGCUGGCUCGCCACAUCCACCGCAGACAGCUCCUGGGCCCAAAACGACACCCAACCCGGCACGCGCAUCCUCAAGAAACUAGCCGAGCUCACCGGCCAAGACCCAGCCGACGUAGCCAACCUCGUCAACCGCGACCUCAACGACGGCGACCCCAACGCCGACGAGACCAGCUCCUUCUACUCCAUGGUCACCCACGCCGACACCCAAGGCAAACGCAGCAGUCCCAACAACUACAUCCGCGCCACCCUCGCCGACGAAGCCAACCACCCCCUCACCCUCCAACUACAAACCCUCGUCACUCGCGUCCUCUUCGACAACACCACCAUCAACUCCACCACCCCCGGUGUCCUCCCGCGCGCCAUCGGCGUCGAAGUCCUCGAAGGCGCCUCCCUCUACCGAGCCGACCCAAAGCACACCCCAGACACCCCUCCCCCCCCGACAAAACAAAUCUUCGCCCGCCGCGAAGUCAUCAUCUCCGGCGGCACCUUCAACUCCCCCCAACUCCUCAAACUCAGCGGCAUCGGCCCGUCCUCCGAACUCGCGCAAUUCUCCAUCCCCCUGAUCAAACAUCUCCCAGGAGUCGGCGAAAACCUGGGCGACAACUACGAAGGCUCCCUGCUCGCCCUCGGCGCCUCCCCCUUCCCCAACGGCCUGACCACGCUAUUAUUCCGCACCCCCAACGCGCCGACAGCAAAACGGAAUAUCUACACCUGGUGCGGGGCGUUUUCGUUUGAGGGGUUCUGGCCGGGUUUUCCGACGGAUCAUGGUCCCACGCAGUAUACGUGUGCGUUGGUGCUGAUGGCGCCGAAGUCGCAGAGGGGGACGGUGAGGUUGGUGUCGGGGGAUGCGAGGGAUAGGCCGGAGAUUAAUUUUCGGUUUUUUGAGGAGAAGGGGGAGGAGGAUUUGGGGGAACUCGUGGCGGCGGCUAAUAUAUUGCGCGAGGCGAUUGCGGCGGUGGGGGAGCCGGUGGCGCCGUUUGUUGAGCAGCAUCCGUGUGCUGGGGGGAACACUACCAGCGGUAACGACAGUAGCAGCUGUACGGAUGAAUCCCAGGCGUCGUACUUCAAGCUGCAGGCUUACUCGCACCAUGCGACGUCGACGUGUGCGAUCGGCGGCGAUGAUGAUCCGAUGGCGGUGCUGGAUUCCAGGUUCCGGGUUCGUGGUGUGGAGGGGUUGCGGGUGGUGGAUGCGAGUGUGUUUCCUGUGGUGCCGGGGGCGUUUCCGAGUUGUCCGACUAUGAUGUUGAGUGCGAAGGCGGCUGAGACGAUUUUGGAGGAUGCGGAGAAGGGGAACACAAGGCGGCGGAGAUAG